AUGUGUGCUGACCUUUGCUCUCAGAUCAGCGCAUGUCACGUCUUCUACUUCCGCUCGGACACCGGCCACUGCUUUUUGUCGCCGACACUAGGAAAGGGCAACUCCACGACAUCUACACCACUGACUCACGUCUACUUUGAUGGAGUCACCUGCCCGUUGAACAGCACUUUCCAGCCGCUAGGGUUUAUCUCGUGCAUAAAGCUAAACACAACGAAAGUGAACAUCACUAUAGCAAGACAGGCCUGCAUCGAUGAUGGAGCCAGCUUUGUGAGCAUGAAGACGAAAGAAAAGAUGGAGUUGCUCGUAAACGUGGUUUACAGAAACACAACACAAGGAGCAGAAAAGCUUUUGAAUGAAGCCUGUACCAAUGGAGAUACCUGUGUUGACAUCUCUGGAAACAGUCUGCAGCUGACCUGUGACGUUCUUGUUAAAAGAUGUUUGAUUAAAGCCGGAUACGCUUGUGGAGAGACAGAGGACCUGUGCUUUACAGGUGCAUACUGUGACACAUUGAAGAAGUGCAAAUGUGCUGAAGACUACACUGAAGACGAUGGUGACUGCGAACGUAAAGGACACAUUAAACCAAUGAAAGUUAUUGCAGGCCCGGAUGAAGGGCAGCCUGGAGAUGACUGCGAUAAAGGCUGUAUCGACAAUGCGGCUUGCUCUGAUGAACUCUGCUCCUGUAAUGCCGGCUUUAGACUUGACGAAAACGGAGUAUGUGUUGCAGUUGCUGAUCAUACUGUUGGAGCGGAAUGUGAACCUGACGAAGCAAAGCCCGAAGGUGACUGCGAUGACCAAAACGCAGUAUGUUCAACAACAGCCGGCGAAGACCGUUGUGAUUGUAAGGAUGGCUACGUUGGUGUUGUAGGAUGGGGCUGCAAUGUGAUGCCAAAUAAAUUAGGUGGGCGUUGUAAGAAAGACACCGCAGCCAGUAAGGAUACGUGUGAAGGUGAUGGUGUGUGCAGCGCCACAAGUGAUGGAGUUUGUCAGUGUCCUCAAGGUUACGAAGGGACAGAGGGAAAAACUGUAUGCAAUGUAAAGCCAAACAAAUUAGGGGGCAGCUGCACGACAAACACCGCAGCCAGUAGAGGAUCGUGUGAAGGCCAUGGUUUGUGUAGCGCCACAACUGAUGGAGUCUGUCAGUGUCCUCCAGGUUACGAGGGCAAAAAUGGAGACACUGUGUGCAAUAUAAAACCAAACAAAUUAGGGGGCAGCUGCACGACAGACACCGAGGCCAGUCAGGGAUCGUGUGAAGGUGAUGGUGUGUGCAGCGCCACAACUGAUGGAGUCUGUCAGUGUCCUCAAGGUUACGAAGGGACAGAGGGAGACACUGUAUGCAAGGUAUCAUUCAAUGCUCCAUGCACUUCUGGUGAAGAAUGUGCCGAUGACUUUGCUGUUUGUGACCUCAGGACAUCAAAGUGUUUGAUAAAGGCAGACUCCUCUUGUUCCGGAAGUAACACAGAGAAGUGUGUGUCAAACGCUACCUGUAGUGAAAGUUCCAGGUGUGCUUGCCGCAGUGGAUAUACAGCUACUACUGCAGGAUUGUGUGGUGUGGCGCUUGGAUUUUCGUGUAUAUCUGACGAUGACUGUGCCCACUCGACUUCACUGUGUGAUGCAACUACUUCAAAAUGCUUGAUCAAAGCAGGAGAGUCGUGCUCCGCCCCCAACACUAACAACUGUGUGUCCAACGCCACCUGUACAGAGGAUGACAACACCUGCUUGUGCGACACAAAUUUUCAUGCCUCUAAUAAUGGAUUAUGUAUUCUUCAAGACGAGAAGGGGAGAGCACCAAGAGAAAGCUCAUUAUCUCCCUUGCUGACGUGGUUCAUCGGACUGUGUCUCGCUCUCUACGUGGUGUAGAGCAUGACACCGACUUGAAGACACUAAACUGAAACUAAAUCCGUCCAAUAAUCUACACUUCUACAAUUUUAUGUGCUUACACUUUAUUAUAGACAUUUCAUAGAUAAGCCACGCAAAAGUCGUGAUGAACACACCGCAGAUUUCCUCGAAUAUUUACAUUCUUUUGUAAAUUUAAUGAAGAAAAAUUUAUGAUUCCAUAACACAAAUUGUUCCAUAUACUUCACACAGCGGUUACACAAAUACUUUCACAUUGCUUAAUCGACAAGACACAAUCAGAGGUUCACUUCUAUUGCUAGAAACAAUUUUAUACUUA